AUCAUAUAUCAUUUUUAGUAUAAUUAUUCACAAUUUUAGAAUUUAGCUUCCCAUUUUUUACACUAUUUUCCCCCCUAACAAUAUCUACACAAUGGAAUUAUCUAAAAUUGAACCAUUUUUAGAAGGCAACACUAUUCUCAUUACUGGAGCCACUGGAUUCCUUGCAAAAAUUUUAGUGGAGAAGAUACUUAGGGUUCAACCGAACAUAAAAAGACUAUUCCUUCUUCUAAGAGCUUCAGACACCGAAUCAGCCCGAAAGCGCUUUAAUGUUGAGAUUUUGCAGGCUGAAUUGUUUAAUGUUCUAAGAGAAAAAAUAGGUACAAAUAACUUAAAUUCUUUGGUAGAAGAGAAGGUAUUUCCAAUUGCUGGUGACAUUUCAAUUGAGGAUUUUGGAAUUGAAAAUUCAGAGAUGAAACAUGAGAUGUUAAAAGAAAUUGAUAUUAUCAUACACUCAGCUGCAACUACUAGAUUUGAUGAGAGAUAUGAUAUUGCAAUGAAUAUCAAUGUGCUUGGUGCCUUCAAUGUCCUCAAGUUUGCUAAAAGAUGUGCAAAUGUCAAAAUUCUUGUUCAUGUAUCCACUGCUUAUGUUGGUGGGGAAGGAGAAGGUGUUAUAUCAGAAAAAUCAUUCAAUUUUGAUGAUUACUACAUAGACAUUGAUGUGGAGAGGAAAGUGAUAGAUGACAAACUUAAGGAACUUGAAGCUCAAAAUUUGACAUCAAAGGAAGUGACAAUGGCCAUGAGAAACCUAGGCAUUCAAAGGGCAAGUUUACAUGGAUGGCCAAACACUUAUUCCUUCACAAAAGCAAUGGGAGAGAUGAUGUUAGGACACUUCAAAGAGAAUAUACAACUUGUUAUAAUACGUCCAACGAUUAUCACUAGCACUUAUAAAGAGCCAUUUCCAGGAUGGAUUGAAAGCAUGAAAACAUUGGAUACCUUUAUGUUGAUAUAUGGUAAAGGUAUAUCAAAUGUCUUCCUUGCUGACCCAAACACAAAUGCUGAUCUGAUUCCAGGUGAUAUGGUAGUGAACUCAAUCCUUGCAACAAUUGUAGCACAUGGAAAUAAUAAAUCAUAUCAAAAUGACUUCAUAUAUAACAUAAGUUCAUCUAAAGGAAAUCUCUUGAAACUUGAGGAUAUGAGACUUUACACAUUUAAUUACUUCACCAAAAAUCCAUGGAUUGACAAACAUGGAAACAUCAUCAAAGUGAAGGAGAUUACAUUUUUAAGCAGCAUGGAUAGCUUUCAAGCAUACAUUUCAAGAUAUUAUUGGCCCUUGUUAAAGGUACUACAAUUGGCAAAUGUAUUGACAUGGUAUUAUCUUAUUGAUGGAACCUACACAAAUUUAAAAAGGAAGAUUGAUAAUGCCAUACGUCUAUCAAAACUCUACAAACCUUAUGUGAUUUUUCAUGGAAGAUUUGAUGAUUCUAACACCGAAAGGUUGAGAAUGAGAAUGAAAGAUUGCAAGAUGGAUGAUUUGCUCAAUUUUGAUCCAAGUUGCAUCAAUUGGGAGGAUUACUUCAUGAAUAUUCACAUUCCUGGGGUUGUGAAGCGAUUAGCCUAACGAUCAUAUUUUUUUAAGCCGUUGAAGACAUAAUUAAGUAAAUUAAAUUAUAUUUUUAUAAUAAUUUUAACUUUUUUUGGGAUCAUGAAAUAAUUAUUGCACUUUAUUAUAAGCUUCAGGCAUAUUAGUUAUUCAAUCUACAAUAAUAUACUUUCAACGAAUUAUAUUCGUUACUAAGUUAUUUUUAAAUAGCAUUUAAAA